AUGCAGCAACCAAACGUCUUCCAAGAUGAACUUGUCGAAUCACAAAAACCUCUUGAACCCAAUAUUUCUUCCUCUCUAGAGAAUCUGCAGACUGAAGAGCAACGACGAGUUCUUGACACUGUCGCCAAAAUUCGAAAAUGUGGACUUGAUAGUAUCUUAUCGCUUCCACAGCUUGUCGUUUGUGGAGAUCAGUCCGCGGGCAAAAGUUCUGUUCUAGAAGCCCUCACCGAGAUUCCUUUCCCUAGGAACGAUAAUCUUUGCACACGAUUUGCUACAGAGAUUAUUUUGCGACAUGGCCAGAUCAACUCUAUCACCAUUAAAGUAAUCCCUGAUUCCUCACGACCUCAUGCAGAACAAGCGGCUAUCAAAGCCUUUCAUGAAUCCAUCACUGAUUUUGGAGAGUUACCGGAGAUCAUGGACUUGGCAAUGAAAGCAAUGGGCAUAUCCAGUAACGACAUACCAGAUUCUCAAUCCAGAGCUUUUUCCAAAGAUGUUUUGAGUAUCGAAGUUGAAGGUCCUUCUCAGCCUCAACUCACAUUGGUUGACAUUCCUGGCCUCAUCCAAACUUCAACAAAGGGUGUAUCGGACCGUGAUGUUGACCUUGUAACUGAAAUCACAACUGGUUACAUAUCUCAGCCUCGAACCAUAUGUCUGGCAGUAGUCUCUGCGACGAACGAUGCCGCCAACCAACCCAUUCUUCGAAGAGUCCGAGAGGUAGAUCCAAAGGGAGAUCGAACUCUCGGUAUCAUCACUAAGCCAGAUCGACUUCCAGCUGGAUCAGGUUCGGAGAGGAAAUUUUUGGAACUAGCUAGCAACGAAGAUGUGUUCUUUAAGCUUGGCUGGCAUGUAUUGAAGAAUCGCAGCUUCGAAGAAGGUACCAGCUCACUGGUGGAACGAAAUGCAUCCGAGGCGACAUAUUUCCGCACAUCAAAUUUCAAAUCGCUGCCCAAGGACCAUCUUGGAAUCGACACUUUGAGAAAUCGUCUGAGCUUGCUGCUCUUCGAGCAUGUGAAAGAAGAGUUGCCUCAGCUACGUCAAGAUCUCGACUGGGCACUUCUUGACACCCGGUGUCAGCUUGAAUUACUUGGCAACCGCCGAUCUGCAGCUGCAGAAUGCAAAGUAUACCUUACUCAACUCAGUAUGGUUUAUCACGAGACUUGCAAGGCAGCUAUCAAGGGGCAUUAUGAGGAUGCCUAUUUUCAUAAAGAUGCCGACAAGCCAUUCUCCCUUGAUUCUCCAGCGACAAUCGCACGACUUCGGGCGGUAGUGCAGUACAUGAACACCGAAUUUUGCAGCACCGUCCGAAAGAAUGGACAUAAGUAUCAGAUUGGUAUGUCUGACACUAGUGAUACUGACGAGGAUACAACAUCCGACAAACCAAUAGAGAAUACCUCAACCUCAACGAAGGAACCUAUCUUAAUGAGCAAGGCUAAGGCAAAACAAUGGAUUCGUCAAAUCAUGGUCAAAAAUCGUGGACAAGAACUUCAGGGUAAUUUUAACCCUCUAAUCAUCGGAGAGCUUUUCCGAGAACAAUCCUCGAACUGGGAACCCCUUGCAAAAGAUCACAUCGAAGAUGUUGCAAGAGUCUGUGAGAGUUUUCUGGAUCACCUGUUGACAGAGAAAUGUCCAAAGGAUGUCAAAGCUAGGAUCUGGUCAUUUCGGGUUUUGGAUGCUCUGAAGGCUCGACGCAAGGCAGCCUAUCGAGAGCUGGAAUUGAUUAUGGAGGAUACAAGAGGCUUCCCAAUCAAUUAUAACCACUAUUACACGGAUACAAUCCACAAACGCCGUCAGGAGCGCCAGAAGGCAUUCCUCGCAGAUUCGUUGGAAUCCGCCGAAUGUGAUACAGAUACUUCUGCAUCAAUCUAUAUUGACAAAGUAGCCACAAAGUUUUUCACCCACAUCGAUCCUGAUAUGGAUAACUUCAGUUCCGAAGAAGCCCUUGAAUGUCUUUUCGCUAUUUACAAGGUAUCUCAGAAGACCUUCAUUGCGAUCAUCACAACUCAGGUUAUAGAACGACACAUUAUUCGGAAUCUUGAGAAUAUCUUUUCCCCAGUGGUAGUGAAUAGCCUUUCCGAUGGAGAAGUGGAGGCUAUCGCUUCAGAGCCUACUUCGACGAGGACACAGCGAGAGUUUCUGGAAGAUCGCAUUUCCAAGUUAGAAGAUGGUUAUGAAAUUUUCAGAGGGGUGAUGAGUAGCGCGACUCGUUAG